AUGCAGACUAUAAAGUGCGUGGUCGUGGGAGAUGGCGCGGUGGGAAAAACUUGUCUCCUCAUCAGCUACACCACCAAUGCCUUCCCAGAAGAGUACAUCCCUACUGUGUUUGACAACUACAGUGCCCAGAUGACCGUGGAUGGCCGGACAGUCAGCCUGAAUCUCUGGGACACUGCGGGCCAGGAGGAGUACGACCGCCUGCGCACGCUCUCCUAUCCCCAAACCAACGUCUUCAUCAUCUGCUUCUCCAUUGGCAGCCCCUCUUCCUAUGCAAACGUGAGGCACAAAUGGCACCCUGAAGUUUCUCACCACUGUCCAAAUGUCCCCAUCCUUUUAGUGGGCACGAAGAGAGACUUGAGGAGUGACCUGGAAACGGUUAAAAAGUUGAAAGAGCAGAGCUUGGCUCCCACUACCCCGCAGCAGGGGACUUCACUGGCUAAACAAAUUGGAGCAGUCAAAUAUUUGGAGUGCUCUGCAUUGAAUCAGGAGGGUGUUCGGGAGGUGUUUGCUGAAGCUGUCCGUGCAGUUCUGUAUCCUGUGACAAAGAAGAACACAAGAAAAUGUGUCUUAUUGUAGUUGCCUUGGGUGGUGGAUACUGGAAGUUGACUAGAAUCUUGGAGGGCUUUUUAACGAGUUAAAUUGAAGAUUUGCAUCUUGCACUAACAGCUCUAAGCAGAAAUGGUUUAUACAAUGGAUAUUCUUGCAGUCUUACUGCUUCAGGGAAACUGAAACAGAACAGUUUUUUUUUUUUUUCCCAACUGAGAGGUCAAAUACCUACUUUUUUUUCAAAGUUCCAGUCUCCAGCUUCUCCAGGGAUAAUUUGAUUAUUUUAGUGGAGGAAAAUAAAAGAGGAGACCUCUUUGAAGCCACUUCUUUACUAGAUAGCCACCAGUUACUAGAUUUGCUGAAAAGCACAAAUUCUGAUAACUUUGCUUUAAGUGUAGCUGCUGCUUUUCCCAUCUUUUAUUUACUGAUUGAAUUUGUUUUUCAAACAGAAUUCUGGCUGUCCAGUUGUUUUGUCCAUUUAAAGCUUGAAAACAAUUUGUUUACUUGUAAAAAUGCCUGAACUAUUACUGAGAUUCACCUUAUAGUGAACUGUGAUUGAUUGUAUGAAGAGUUAACAUAAGGCAUGGUUAAUGCAAUGAGCAAGAUCAAGGGAAUACCUGCAAUGAUUUAUUAAUAGAAGCAGGAGCUGAUUUCUCCUUAUGUAAGGACCUUAGAAUAAUGAUGACUCACUCAAAUGAGUGAUUUUCAUAUUUUUAAGGUGGAGAAGUGGAAGAGUAGUUUAGAUUCAAGUCUUCCAUAAUCUUCUAAACUGAGUUUUUA